GGGUUUGCCAAGGGACUGGCGGACGUGGCGGACAAUCUCUCUCGGGCCGCCGCCUCUGUCUCCCUGCCGCCGCACCCCGCCUCCCCCGACAGUGGACAGGGCAAGGGCGGGGAGGGCGCGGGGGGGCGCGACCCAGAGGCGCUGCUGAAGUCGCUGUUGGAUGGAGUGGAGAUGACGGAGAAGCAGCUGCUGCAGGUGUUUCGGCAGCAUGGCAUGGAGCGCCACGACCCCAUGGGGCAGCGCUUUGACCCCAACCUGCACAACGCGGUGUUUGAGCUCCACGACCCCUCUAAGGAGCCCGGUACCAUCGCCCACGUGCUCAAGGUGGGCUACACUCUUCACGGCCGUGUGUCCUUACACGCGAGGCCUUGGCGGGUGGAUGUAGCUGAGGAGGAAGUGCAGUACGCGCGGCUGCUGCCGCCCCUGUUGGCCCCCCUCCACCCGCUCCUGCUCGCACCGCUCUCGCCCGCCUUGAUCUGCGCGCACUGCGUGCUGCUGCUGCGUCGCCCUGCUUGUCCAUCCAUCCCCUUCUCUCCUUCUCUCCGUGCCUUCACUUUCUCGUGCAACGCCGUUGCUCGCCUUUUCCUGCCAUGCACCCUCAUCACAUGCACCCUCAUCACAUGCACCCUCAUCACAUGCACCCUCAUCACAUGCACCCUCAUCACAUGCACCCUCAUCACAUGCACCCUCAUCACAUGCACCCUCAUCACAUGCACCCUCAUCACAUGCAUCCUCAUCACAUGCACCCUCAUCACAUGCACCCUCAUCACAUGCACCCUCAUCACAUGCACCCUCAUCGCAUGCACCCUCAUCACAUGCACCCUCAUCACAUGCACCCUCAUCACAUGCACCCUCAUCACAUGCACCCUCAUCACAUGCAUCCUCAUCACAUGCACCCUCAUCACAUGCACCCUCAUCACAUGCACCCUCAUCACAUGCACCCUCAUCACAUGCCGUGCUGCCACAUGCCGUGCUGCCACAUGCCGUGUUGACACGUGCCGUGUUGACACGUGCCUUGUUGCCACAUGGUGCCACGUGGCAGGGCGUAUUGGCGGGCUGCAUCAUCACCGCUAUCCUCUAUCUCUUCGCCGUGCUCCAGAGCAAGUGGCGCGGAUGGCAGCGGCGGACUUGGUGGGGGUGGUGAGGGAGGAGGUGGGGCGGGUGGGCGGGCAGGUGGAGGCAGUGCAGGCGCUGCAGCGAGCCAGCGCGCAGGCUGGGGGGGACAGGGGGGCGGCACUGGAGGCGAGGGCGAGGGAGGCGGAGGAGAAAGCGGCGCAGCUGAACGACACGGUGGGGCGCCUGCAGGCUGCUCUCAGGCAGCACAGCGCCACCAUCGCUGCUCUGCAGGUGGGCAACACAGUGGUGCCCAUGCAGGUGGGCAACACAGUGGUGCCCAUGCAGGUGGGCAACACAGUGGUGCCCAUGCAGGUGGGCAACACAGUGGUGCCCAUGCAGGUGGGCAACACAGUGGUGCCCAUGCAGGUGGGCAACACAGUGGUGCCCAUGCAGGUGGGCAACACAGUGGUGCCCAUGGGCGGAUUCUUUCAAAAUGUCGCAGCGGAGCAGGCAGCAGCAGGAGCGGCAGGGAAGGAAGGGGGGCGGCCACUGGGGAGGACGGUGGUGGAGGAAGACCACCCGGGGCGAUGGAGGCAACACACCUUCCACCGCACGGGCGCCUAUGGCUUCAUCCAGUACAGUGCGUACCGGCUGACAGCGGCGCGCAUAGCGGUGGUGGGGAUGGGCGCGCUGGGGCUGCGCAGCAAGCGGCGAGUGGAGGGGUGCUGGUGGCACCGCCUGGACGGGCACACGGUGGUGGCGGGCAAGCUGACGCAGAUGGUGAUGGAGGAGCACCACAACUACCUCUACGAGCUGGUGGUGCUGCAGUGCGCGCUGGAGGAGGAGGUGGCGGAGACGGGUGGGCAUCUGCGCAUCUUCCUUGACCGCCAAGUGCUCUUCCCCUUCCGUGAAGACACCAAGGAGAAGAUAGACAACGGCACGGGCCCCAUGGCGUACCACGUUGCAUACUGCGGGCCACCGAUGCACAUGGAGAUGGAGCAGCGCAGCGUGCACCAGUUCAUCCACUACCACCGCUACGCCGCCGGCUAUGACCACUUCCGCCUCUAUGAUGCCACCGCUGUCACGCCCGCCCUCACAGCAGCGCUGCAGCCGCUCAUGGACGACGGGCUGCUCUCCAUCGCUGACUUCCGAGAGGCCUACCAGUUUGACUCGUGGUACUUCUCCCAGGCGGUGGCGAUGCACGACUGCAUGUAUGGCAUGCGGCAGCGCGCCCACUGGAUCGCCUUCCACGACCUCGACGAGUACCUCGCACUGCCCCCGCCCGCCUCCCUGCCCGCGCUGCUGCAGCGCUACACAGAGCUGCCCUACAUCACGCUCGGCAUGUACGUGUUCAGCGCGCACCUCUGUGAGGACGGCCCCGACGACGUGUGGAGCGACGACGAGAAGCGCUUUGCCGUGGAGCGCAUGGUGCAGCGGCGGGCGGCGCCGUACUGCCUGCGCGAGGAGGAGGACCCGAAGCUGUGCAUCGACUACUACGGCCACCGCAAGAUGUUCCUCAACCCCCGCAAGGUGGAGGCGGUGUACGUGCACCGGGUGGACAAGCCAGCCACAGGCGGGGUGGACCUCAGUGUGGACGACAUGUACUUCGCCCACCUGCGCUCGCUCAACGGCAAGGGAGUGGCGUGCCGCCCGCCCACGGACAAGGAGAACGACAUCCCGGCAGCGGAGCUGGAGAGGUGCACCACCGUGGCCGACACCGCUGCACGCGCCAGGGAGUGCGCCCAGGAGGGCUUCACCAACCAGUUCCUGUGCAAGCCCAGAGCCACGCGGUAA